UAACACAUGUAGGGAUGCCAUAGAGUUGAUUGGGAAUUCCAGUUUAGUUGGUGAUACCUGCAAGAUCCCUUCCUCCCAUUCAUGAUGUACCUGCAUCGAGUGGCAGGAUGUGGCACUCACAGCAGAGAUCUGAAACCAUGGAUAACUGCCCUUCUCACGAUGCUCUCCCUGAUGAUGGUGGCAGUGACCAUUGGACUUCUGGCUCACAUCUUAGUCUCUGGCCAGAGAAUGGAAUAUUAUCAAGGGACCAUUACAAUUUCAGAUAUUCAAGCCAUUAGCAAUUCAGGACGAAAGAGCUCAAAUGAACUGAAGGACUUACAGAAGGUGAAUGAAAAUUUGGCAGAUGAAAUAUUUAUAGAUUCAGCCUUGAAAAAGCGCCACGUCCAAAACCACAUAGCCAGACUAACUCCAGAAGAAGAUGAUGCCAAAGCAGAUAUUGUUAUGGUGCUCCAGUCCCCCUCUACUGGGCAAAGGACCAUGGGAGUAAAGAACCACAGCAUCUUAAAUCAUAGGAUAAGGAACCCGAGAGCCUUGCCAGCUGGUGUCUCAUUAGUUCAAGUAAAAGAUUGUGGCAAACGAGCUAUCCCAUUAAUUGCAAACAGAAUAGUAUCUGGAAACCCUGCAGCUAGGGGUGCCUGGCCUUGGCAAGUUUCUCUUCAGCGCAGCAACAUCCAUCAGUGUGGGGGCACCUUGAUUGGUAACAUGUGGGUUGUCACUGCAGCACACUGUUUUAGAACUAAUGCAAACCCGCGUCAAUGGACUCUUAGCUUUGGAACAACAAUAAACCCUCCCUUAAUGAAAAGAGAUGUCCGAAGAAUUAUUAUGCACGAGAGGUAUCGGCCCCCAGCAAGAGACCAUGACAUUGCUCUUGUGCAGUUUUCUCCAAAAGUCACCUAUUCAGAUGAAGUACGCCGAAUUUGUUUGCCAGAAGCCUCUGCAUCAUUUCCCCCAAAUUCAACUUUCUUCAUCACAGGAUUUGGAGCACUUUACUAUACUGGGGAAUCCCAAAAUGAGCUCCGAGAAGCACGUGUAGAGCUCAUAAGCAAUGAUGUCUGCAAACAACCGCAGGUGUAUGGCAACGACAUAAAGCGUGGGAUGUUCUGUGCCGGAUAUCUGGAAGGAAAGUACGAUGCCUGCAGGGGUGACUCUGGGGGACCAUUAGUUGUAAAAGACAAUAAAGACACAUGGUAUCUCCUUGGAAUUGUGAGUUGGGGAGAUAAUUGUGGUCAAAAGAACAAACCUGGAGUCUACACACAAGUGACUUAUUACCGACACUGGAUUGCUUCAAGAACGGGUCUCUAAGUUGCUACAGAUACUAAACAAAACAGCAGCAUGCAGGUCAUAUGUAUAUAAUGGUUCAGACAUUCAUUGGGUGGCAUUGGUACAAUGAAGAAAGAUUAAAUAACUGGACCUAGCAACAUGGAAUGUGUGACUUAUUUCAGAAUCACUUACUUGUGAAGUAAUGGGUUAUUUUAUCAUUGAGAAAAUGCAGCAAAGGUAUUCAUAGCUUUAAACCAAGUAAAUUGGAUUGUACACAAGAUGCAUUGUUUAGUUUUGAAGAUAGCCUGGAAGACUUUUAGAGUGUGUUUUUUCCUGGGUGCUCCCUCAAAAUGGUGAAAACCAUUUUGAAUUCUCAGAAGUCUCAAGGUGCUUGAACAAUUACCUGUGAUAUCCAGAGCUCACAAACAUCUUUUAGUCCUCUUUACUUUCCUUCUAUAUUUUCAUAAGUUUUCCAUUACAGGAAAUAAGUUUGCUACUUCUAAGUGCAUAUAAGAGAAUUGUAUGAAAGAUUAUAUGGAGUCAUCAAAGUUUGGUGGCAAACUAAAGCAAAGGCGAUCUAACCUCUGCAGGGAAACUUUUCUGAUUUUUCUAUGAUUUAAACACACACACACCCAUGUGAACAACGGUCACAUCACCACCCCAUGGCAUAGAUAUAUGUAAGAGAAUUAGUGAUUAAUGUCUUAUAUAAAGUAAUUGUUUAAUCAAUGUGUAACUUUUGUCAUGAAAAAUUGAGAGGGGAUGAUAACUUUGUGAGCUUUCUGUCCCAGAAUAUGUGUACAAGAAUUUGACAUUUCUAAUGUGCAUUUACAUAUUUUGGUCACCAGAGGGAGAUUUUGCCCAGUAUUGUCUUAGGUCAAAUGCCGGAACACAACUGAGAUUUUAACAUGGAGAAAAACAAAAAACCAUUUUGUUUCUUCAGGGAACAGAAAUUUUUGUUGUCUUUAUUUCUACCACCAAGUUCCUCCUAAGGCUCAUGCUUGGAAUAUUAUAUAUAUAUAUCCUCCCUAAAACAAACAAGCAAGCAAACAAACAAAAACCCAUGCAGGCAUCCAGAGAGUGAGGCCUCAGCGCCCAUAAUAAAAUUAAAUAAGGCUUUGUUGGAAUAUUUCUUGGUUUGUGAGAUAUCUGGGUUUGCAAGCCAAGAUAUAUAAACAGCUUGACAAAAAUAUUUGCUAUUUGCAUCUUUAACUGUCAAAUUCACAUGUUCCCUUUCCUUAAAAAGUUUGGGCUGUUGUAUCCAAUGAGACCCAUUAUAUUUUUCACUAAGUGUUAUUGUUUUGAACUAGGAAACUUACUGCAAUCAUUUUAAAUAAUUCUCUCAGGCAGCUGGCUGUCAAUGAUCUCAAUUCAAAGUAAAGUCGCUACUUCAUAUAUAUAAAAAUACCCAUGUCCACAUAAAAUUUCUGUAUUAUAGUGGUGAGUUAUGAUUUUGCUUCUAAUGCUAAGAUUCAGAAAGUGGUUGUAGAGUUAGUUGUAAAUGAUGUGCUCUAAACUGUCUUCUGCAGCAUUUCAUUUGGGGCUGUAUGGGAAAAAAUACUGUUUUAUCAUUUUAAAUCUAAUAAAGUUGGUGA